UAUUUCUUAUUUUUUUAUUCACUUGCUUAUACAAUAUAUCUAUAUAUGCAUAAGCCAUAAACCCAUGAGCUUCCACUGCCCUCUCUUGCAACUCCAUUUUUAUCAACUUAAUUCACUUCGCUAUCCUAACGCAAACACGCACAAACCAAAAUUCAAAUUCUAAGGGAAAAAAAUAAUAGUCAUGUUCGUUUCUUCUGCGUCACAUGUUCCUCGUUGGCUUCAAGUCCUUCUAUCGGAGAAGUUCUACAACGCGUGCAUAAUUCACGAAGAGGCGAAGAAGAACGAGAAAAACGUGUAUUGCUUGGAUUGUUGCAUCAGCCUCUGCCCUCACUGUUUGGCCCCUCACUGCGACCAUAGACUCUUGCAGAUUAGAAGAUAUGUUUAUCAUGAUGUUAUAAGGUUGGAUGACGCCGCUAAGUUAAUUGACUGCACCUCUGUUCAAUCCUACACAACGAACAGUGCAAAAGUGGUAUUUUUAAACCAAAGGCCACAAACAAGGAACUUCAGAGGCUCCGGCAAUUUCUGCAGCACCUGUGACAGAAGUCUGCAAGACCCAUACCACUUCUGCUCCCUCUCUUGCAAGAUCAAUUAUCUCAUGAGAACAACAGGUUCUCUCUGCGGCUACCUAUUCGAGUGCAACUACAUGGCGUUGCCAGAGUCUGGGCUCGACGACGGUCUAAUGACCCCUGACUCGGUUCUCGAGCCGGCCGGUUCGGCCCGGACCUCGUCCGGUUCAGGAGGGUACGGUGGGGUGGAUUGCAGGACCACCCUGGCUUGCACCGCCACCACUGAGGUUGUCAGGAAGAAGAGGAGCGGCGGCUCCACUUUCCGGCCACCGUGCCGGCCGGCGUGUUCGCCGGUGUCCGAAAUCUCGGCGGGUCUGAUGAACCGGAGGAAAGGGAACCCCCAGAGGGCCCCACUCUAUUGAAGAACUCGCGGAGAGGGUGAGGAGGUUCUUUGAAAUGACCCAAAAAAAAAUAAUUAUAUUAGCAUAUUUUGUUAUUAUCAAUUAUUCUAAAUGUUAUUAUUAUUAUUAUGGAGUUUAAAAUCUUGGGUUGGAACUUAUUAUAUAUUAUAUUAUAUACCUUAAAGCGAAGAAAAGCCUCCUGUUUUGUAGAUUAUCACCCUUGCCUUUGUUGCUGAUAUGUAUCUAUCUAUUCGGAUUGUCAGAUUACAGUAACGGUUUAUUUUGAUAUAACCUUUUGCCACAUGACAGAGGUUUAUUACUGUUACUGUUAUAUAUACUUUGAUUUGUCUCUUGGUGAUUUAAUUUGUGGUGUGUCUUCUGACUGUAUAGUUGAGUGCACACCGGAGAAGGUAUUUGAAUGAGUUUUUCUUCAUGCAUGAAAGGAAAAUAAGAAAGCAUAGUCAAUAUUUUUUCAAUGUUAAAGUGAUUGUUGAAGUGGUGUUAGUGUUUGGAAUUUGCCCAAUUUAUUAUGAGUUUGGACUAUUGUGAAUGCUUUCUCUCGGGUAUAAUGUUGGAGAGGAAGAGGAAAUUGGGUGAUCAAUGGUGUAAUUUUGGUGACAUUACUUAGAUGUUUCCAUUUGUAGUGGAGAAAUGUCUUUUUCUUCACAUGGUUGGAUUAGAACCGAUUGAAAUGCAAAAAUAAAAAAUGGAAUGGGGCAGGAGGUGUAGAUUGAGCUAAUUUUUUGGUUUACUUGAAUGAGGAAAAAGCAGAAAGCAGCGAUUUUAAGAGGAAGCGGCUAUGUGUUGAGUGUCCCACACUAAUAUCACAGUAAUCCAAGAAUAGCAAGGGUUGGGUCUGAACUGCACAUUAAUUUGACUUAUUUUUUUCUUCUCGUUUCUGCUUCCUGGUGCAGCGUAGUGACAAAAUUCAAAGACAGUGGUCUUUAAUUUAUUGCUAUUUGUCCCUAUCCAUUGCGCUGCAUUUGAGGUGUCCUAUGGGAAACUUGCAACUUCUUUACUCAACUCCCAACCAUUCAAAUCAUAUAUAUUAAAUGGAGGAUUUUUUUUUG